AUGUCAACUUUUGAAAUGAGAGAUUGUGGUAAACCUUUUAAAAGUCGAUUCUCCAACAAGCAGUUCCACAAAUACCCAUACCGAUAUACUUUUGAUAGAGUGUCGUCUGACAUUCAAUGUAGAAGGAAGGAAUGCAUUGGCAAAAGCUACACCAUUCAACUCUUGAUAGGUUACCGCUGGGUAGUUAUUGACCAAGGUGUAGAUUUUGUUGUAAACAAUAGGAAGAUUGGGGUUGCUACCACCAACGAUGUUACAGAUGGUUCCGAACAGUUCAUUGGACCGCAAUCAGCAUAG